UGAAGUUAGAACACCAACCAAUUGCUACCACUUUCAACAAAGACCACCACCACCAACAAGGCCAGUGUGACUGUGUACCAAGUUCAUCAGUCUUUGUUCAUAUCAAGAAAUUAUCCAUCGUCAUGUCUCAUCCACAGAUCAACGUCACUCCAGCUUCACCUUAUAACUCAGCUCAGAGUACUAUGCGUCGUCAACCAUCGAAUGCGAAUUCACCUACGCCUCCAUCAUCCAACUCAGUACCUUACCCAUCGGCACCUUACCCUCCAGUAGCUCGUACCGCUAGUCCAUCUUAUCAAGCACCACCCUCAAAUCCAAACUAUAAUCAUCCCCUUAUCAACUUGCCUGGUCAAUCUAACAUGUCUUCAAAUGAAUCGUCUGAUUCUUUUCUAUCAAAGAUUCAACGUUGGUCUUCGACUAUGGAAGAUUUCAUUGAGAUUUACUCUCACCCUAUCAAACCUUAUUUACCUGGUCUUGGUAGAUUCUUGAUCGUCGUCACUUUUUAUGAGGAUGCUUUGAGGAUUGGCACACAAUGGUCAGAUCAAUUAUACUAUUUACAGAAAUAUCGCCACUUUCCAAAGGGUCUCAGCCAUUCAUUUCUGCUCGCCAAUGUUAUCGUCAUGAUCAUCUGUUCAUCAUUAAUCAUUGCCAAAAAAUACCCCACCAGCUCUGUUUCGGGUCUCUUAGUCGUUGUCGUUGCUCAAGGUUUAGGUUAUGGAUUGAUCUUUGAUCUCAACUUCUUCCUUCGUAACUUAUCCGUCAUCGGUGGUCUUCUCAUGGUUCUCUCCGACUCACUCUCGAAAAGAAACAAUCCAAAGGCUAAUGCUCUUUUCGCCGGUUUACCCAACUCAAUCGGUUCCGAAACUGAUCGUCGUACUUAUCUUCAACUUGCUGGUCGGAUCUUACUCGUCUUCCUCUUCUUGGGCUUUGUUGUCUCUGGAGAGUUUACUAUCAUGAGAGCUCUGGUCUCUUUGGUAGGCUUAGUGGCUUGUACUAUGGUCGCCAUUGGUUUCAAAGCCAAGUGGUCUGCUCUCUUCUUGGUCAUGGUUCUCUCGAUUUUCAACAUCUUGAUCAACAAUUGGUGGUCUGUUCACUCAGCUCAUCCUCACCGUGAUUUCCUCAAAUAUGACUUUUUCCAAACUUUGUCAAUUGUUGGAGGUUUGCUUCUGUUGGUCAACAUGGGACCUGGAGGCAUCUCAGUCGACGAGAAGAAAAAGGUCUUUUAAACCCACCCACCCCCAAAAAAAUAUCCUCAUCAAUUUACAAGUCAUUUUUGAAUUAUCUUUCUAGUCUUAACUCUCAUCUAAGCUGGUCAGGGGUUUAGAAGACAUAUACAUAUGACUUUGUAUCCAAUCCUUAUUUGUUUCAAUCUCGUUGGUUUUCCAUACAUAUAUUGUUUAUGUCUUCUCUUCUUCUGCUUCCUUUUUUUCUCAAAUGCUUCAAGGUUAUGUUUUUUGUUGUCUGACGCCAAUAUGAUCACUGAUGGAAGGGAUCUGUCCAAUGAAAAAUGACUUAUCAAUCUAGAAUAGCAAAAUGAUCCAAUUUUACACUCAAUACGUCUUGAAUUUCUCAUAGUGAAUAUACCUCCAUGUUUUAGACCGUUU